AUGUCCAAAACCCCUCAAAGCAGCACGCAAAGCCCCGGGAUCUCUUUCCCAAGUCUUACAGAACCCCCAUUUUCAACACUCAACCUCCAUCCUCCACGAUGUUGGCCCCAGACCCCCCUUGCGGCUAAGGCCUCAAGCUCCGCUACCGAAUUAUAUCUCAGUCAAGCUCGUGCUCUCACCAGCACUGAGGAUUGCAAAGUCUUAUACGAGAAAUGGGCCUCGACAUACGACGAAGAAGUCGGGGACAGCGCCCAAAACUACGUGGCUCCGGUCCUUGUCGCCCAAGCGGCCGUCAAAUACGGGCUCUCGAACGGUGCCCGCAACAGUGUGAUCCUAGAUGCCGGUUGCGGGACUGGGCUAGUGGGAGUGGCUCUUGGAAUGGCGCAGGCCAAAGCAAUCGACGGUAUUGACUUGUCGCCUGCCAUGCUCGACGUCGCAAGGAAGACAUCUGCCUACCGAGAUCUCACCAUCGCAGACAUGAACCGACCAAUUGAUAAGGCCGAUGGAACAUACGACCUUGUGUCCUGCGUGGGGACUUUCACGCUCGGUCAUGUUGGGCCAGAUCCGGCACUACGAGAACUCAUCCGGGUUACCAAGAAGAAGGGUGUCGUUGUUUCAACAAUCCUCCAAGAGAUCUGGGUACCUGGAGGGUUCAAGGCCGAGGCCGAGAAGUUAGAGGCCGAAGGCCUGGUGAGGGUCGUCACCGAGGAGCUUAUAGACUAUGUAAAGGGGCACGGCGACAAGGCUGUGCUGCUUAUUCUAGAGAAGAUCGAUCGCACCUGA